AUGCCUCUAAACACACUGCGACUCAAUCAUCAAAAGUCCUCUCAUCCCAAUGACCGCAUCGUAUUCAUCAAGCCCCUCCCCCGGCCGCCGUCGGAUCGAGCGUCGUACGAGAUUGCCGAUACUUUCCUACGGGCCAUCGCAGCACAAUGUCUGCCACUCAUGAAGAAGCAUUACCUCUCCGUCACCACGUUGGAAGAGCAUGAACCCAAUCGCGAGUUUAUUGGCCGAAAUUUCAACAACGGCGAGAUCAUCCAGCUGGUGCUCACGACCAGGGAUGGGCGAUGGGUUCCGUUCAAUGCCGUGCAAAUGGUGAUGAUGCAUGAGUUGGCACAUAACACCCACAUGAACCAUGGACGGGACUUCUGGAAGACACGAAACGUUUAUGCCGAGGAGAUGAAGGCAUUAUGGGCGAAACGCUACACUGGCGAAGGCUUCUGGGGUGGCGGUCGAACACUACAUGAUAUGGGCUCAGUCAUAGGGAACAACACGUUGCGCAGCGACGAGCUCGAGCGGCUGCCACUGUGCGGAGGCACAUAUCGAAGCCGAAACAGGAAACGCAGAGGCCGAUCCGACAAGCCGGAGCUGACCUGGAAGGAGAAGCGUGACCGGCGCAUCGAGAAGAAAUUUGGCAAGAAUGGCAUCGCUCUCGGCGAAGACGAGGAUAAGCGACUGAGCUUAGAAGUCAACCGCAAGGGUCCCAUCGGAGCGAAGCCCCGUGUUGCCCAGAGUGCCCGUGGCCGGGAGCUCAGAGCCGCUGCGGCAUUGGCUCGAUUUGACACGAAUAAGAAAGAAGUCGAAGAUAUACACCGAGCCGAACGGACAAAGACGGAGAGCAGCGGCGACGAAGACGAAUACGAGGACCUGGAUGCCGGCUUAGAGGACGCUAGAGACGUCUAUGGCCGCAAGAUUCUUGACACUCGAGGCCACGGCAUGAUCCGAGUGUGUUCCGAAGAAGAUGACGACGAGACGCAAGCGCACGCACGCCAAGAAUUACAGGAGCUUAACACGCUGGAUCGUUAUUUCACAUCAUUUCAAAAGGGUCAGGGGACCGCGGUUAUUCGGGCCGGGAUGGAGGCCUUACCAGGUUCACCAGGAAAAACUGGCACUGCCACCCCUCCUCCACCCACCGUUACGAGAGGGGCGACGGUGGCUGGAACGCUAGAAUCUGACACGGACAGUAGUCCCUGGUCUCCUCCAGCGGCCGCUGGGAAACAACAACCGCGCGGUUCUUCCUCUUCGUCGACUGCCGAAUCCGCCGUACAGUCUCAUUUAUUACCCAAUUCUGGAAGCACAUUGAGACAGAACCAUGUGCACCAAAAUAUCUUUCCCCCCGGCAUCAAGCAGCCGCGGAACACACCUUCCGCAUCCCUCGACUCGGAAUCAAGUAAUGGUGUCCCUACCUCUACGACGGCGUCUUUACCUUCGGCCAAGCCCAAGAGUCUGAAAAGUCGCAGCAGUAGUAGCCCUAUGACCAUGUCUACCGUAGGGCCUCUCGGACGAGUACCUGGGUCCCCCUUCACCACCAAAUCGGGCUCAAGCUCGAACUCGAACUCGCCGGUGUCGCCACGCUCACGACCACAGACAGUAUCGACGAUCAGCUGUCCGAUCUGCUCGCUUGAAAACCCGUCCCUGAACGCCACCUGCAUGGCCUGUUCGCACGUUUUAGAUCCUCGGAAGGACCCGAGGAGUUGGUCGUGUCAGAGCGCGCCGUGCGUCUCCAGCGGGACCGCGUACCUCAAUGCCGGGGACGUUCGUGUGUGCGGGGUGUGCGGUGUCAGAAGGAACAAUAAUGUGUACGAGUAG